CUCUAUACUGUACGCGGCCGGGUGGCACUUGUAGCUUUGGACGCACCCGCCGCCGACGACGAUCACUCUUGUUCGCACCGCGUCCGCGUCAACACGCCGAACGUCAAUUUUCGCCUGCUGCAGUUAACGUUGCCGCCACUGCCACCUGCCUAUAUAUAUAUAUAAUACACGAAGUGAGUGACGCCACCCAAUUAUAUAUGUUUUAUUUAUUUAUUUAUUUAUUAUUUUUUUUUUUUUGUGAAACUCUGCUAAGCAAUACAAUACAAUAUUAUAGUCUCGACAAUUAUUUUACGAAAGGUUAGAAAAACACACGGUACAAUAUACAUAAGAGCUGAAAACCUAAAUAAGCGGUCCGGUGUUUAAAAUUAAGGAAACCGCACGCAGUGGCCCGAAUGACCCCUCGUAAAUGAGAGUAAAGAAGACGCUGCGGGGAUUAGGAGGAUUAAUAUUAUAAAAGAGUUUAAUCCAAAUACAUAUUACACAUUUUUUUUUUCAAUAUCCGAAAACAACACCUGCAUAUUUAUCCGGAAUUAUGUUUAUUUAUUUCGUCGACGGGCACAAAAUUGAUAUUCCCAAUAAUAAUAUUUGAGCGAGUGUCUUAAUCCCCCCCAACCCAACCCACAAUGGCUUCAUCUCACGAUUUUAAAGACCAUUAAUUCGAAUAUCGCAACACAAUAAUAUAUACACAAUGACAUAAUACGCAUAAUGAUUAGGUAUUACAUGAAUCUAUUUGCGUAGUGAUUUUAUUUUUGUUUUGAACGUUUGAAAUAAUUCGACUUUAGAUUCUCGUUAUUUUCUCUCAGAAAACGUUUUUUCGGUUAGUAAAAUUCGAUCAGAUUUUUCCAUCAAUUUUUCGUCGCUCACUAUUUUGUUUUUUUUUUUCAAAAUUCCCAAUACUUUUAUCAAUAACUUAAAAAAAGAAUUGACAACAAAAUGACGAUACAUUGGUUUACUUUUGUUGAUUUCUGGGUAUAUAUAACUUUGGCUAUACAAAGGGGGAAAGCGCGACUAUAAUACUAUAACCUUACCAGUUUAUCAAGCUCGGCUAAUAAUCGUUUUAUGAUUGUAAUGACCUAUCCUUACUUUUAAUGUACAAAAUAAAUUACUCUUCAUCCUAUAGAUAUCCUUCCCAACUUUCCAUUCAUAUAAAAAUGGGCUUGAUGCAAAUAUACCCACGAUGCGAAUUUAUAAUAUGGUGGCUUUGAUUGAUGGAAAUAUAAUAUUUAAAAUAUUUGUCGAUAUUGGUUUGUAAAUUAAUUUAAUACGAUAAUAGGUACAAGUGGUGGGAAAAAUCCGGAUUUGCUGAACUUCGAUGAUCCGAAAAUUCGGAAUCUGAAAUCUUAUCAAAAAUGUAUUUAAAAUUUAGGUUUUAGAUUUUGAAACUUUGAUUUUGGAUUCUUUUAGGCAUUUUUUAUUCUAUUCUAAAACUAAUCAUUUGUAUAUAUUUGUUUAUAAUAUAAAUAUACCUAAUAAGAUAAGUAUUAUAUAAUAUUAAUUAGGUAUAUUUGAUAAUAAUCUAUUAGAAUCACACUAAGUAAAAAUAUCAAACAAAGAUAAAAUAUGGGCGAAAGGUUGAAAAUAUGUUAUAGACAUUUUUUUUCUAUAUAGUUAUUUAAUACACAUCAGAUAAUAAAAGUAGUGAGAGAUCUAUAGAAAAAUUUAUACAAUAGAUCUGAAAAAAUCUAAAAUCAGAAUUUUUUGAUUUCAAAUAAUCCGGAUUUAAAUCACAUCAUUAAUAGGGAUCAAAAAGAGCCCUACCCGAUAAAUGUAAUAAUAUUUUCCUUUAUUUACCAUUAAAUCACACACAUUGCUAUUAAAUGCGUUAUUUUUUAAUUGUAAAAUAAAAAUGUCCAAGUAAUGUAGUUUCUUAAAAAAUAUUUGACAUUUUAUAGAUAAUCAAUUAUUUUUAGAUCAAUCAUUUUUUUAUACCUAUAGUUUGACAUAAUAAAUUUUUCGAAAUGUACAGAAUUAUUUAUUAGAAUGAAUUGUCUAUACAAGAAUACUAAUCGAUGUACAGAUUAUAAAUCAAUUUUUAUCAAUGAUAUAAGGGUGGGGAGGGGCAAUUAUCCACUAACAUUACUGUAAAUAACCGUAGAAAUUAUUGAAAAACAAAACAAAAAUAAUUUCACAACCAUAUAUUGUUUCUAUAGAAAUUUCAUAAAAUGGAUAGGUACGUAUUUUAAUAUGAUUUACCAUAGUAUAAUCUUGGACCGUAAAAUAAUAACAAUAAGUAGUUUUCAAAUAUAAAAAUUUUAAAAAAAUGCAUAAAAAUAAGUAAAAAUUAUUACUACUUGAAAAAUGAUUUGUAUUCAAGUCAUUGCAUAAUAAUAAUUUAUUCUAUUAAAUUAUUAUUAAUUUGACAUUGGUAUAAUUAAAUUAGUAUAUAAAGUAAAUAUAAAUGGUUUUUUUAAUAAAUAAAACCAACGCUAACGUUUGUACAUUAUAGUCCACCAUCACGACUUCUACAAAUAAAAACAUGUAGGUAUGUGAUAUGAGAUAAAAAAUUUACUUUAAUUAAUCAUACGAACUAUAAUAAUAUUUAUACUAACAAUGUUGACACCUACCAAAAUAAAUAAUAUUUUAAACAAGAAAUAUACAUUAAUAAUAUUGUAUGAAAUUAAUUGUAUAUCAGUGUAUGCACGUAUAUAGUUAUGAUGAUUAAUUAUGAUUUUCAUCCGUCACUUUUUAAGUAUAGUACCUGCCUAUAAUUUACCGCAGUAAGUUAGUAUAUGUACUUAGAUAUUAAAUCUGAUUGUACGAGUACAUCAAAUAUACCUAAUGUAGUACCUAGUUGAUUUCUUAAUAUAAGUAAUUGCGGUACUGUCAAAUUUAAUUUUAUUAAAUUAAAUAACUAAUAAUAAUUAAUUAUCAUUACGAUAAAUGGUUUAACACAAAUGUAUAUUUGUUCGUCUAAUAUAUAUUAUAUAACACAUUACAUCCAUCGGUCAGGUUGUAUAAUAAAGUUAAUGAUAUAAGUAUACUUUAAUUUUACACUAUAUCAUAGUGGCAUUAGUAACAAUAAUGUUAUUGUAACAUUACGUGCAUAGGGAUUAUAAUAUAAGGAUACUAUUAUAUUGUUAGUACCUAUAUAAUAUUAAUUUGGGAUACACGAGAUCACAUAAUAUUAUUACGCGACAGAUUAUCAUUCGUAAAAUGAUGAAAAACCGUGUCCUUAACCCGUUAACGUAUGCCUCACAUUUUACAUAUAUAUUUAAUUUAUUAGGCUGAGUAUGUAAUUCAGCUGCAGAAAAUAGUUAAACAGAUCAAAAAAAGAAAUAAAUCACAUACCUAUCCAUCUACCAAGCUAUACGUGUGUACAGUGAAAGGUUUUAAAUCCGCUUUAUUUUUUUAAAACUGCCAGUGUAAAUUCAACCCUGCUGGUUUUAAGACAGGUUUUUUUUUUUUAAGCGUAUAACCUUCACGUAUUUUCUGAAUAACGUUUCAUAACACGUUACCACAUCCAAGAAAGUUAUACCGUCAAAUUUGCCAACUUUACGAAGUAAAAAAUUAGGUAUACCUAAUUCUUUUAAUCCCAUCAAAGACGGAAAAGUAAGUCACGGAAGAUUCGUAUAAUGAUAUUUAUAAAUAUAUCCAUCUAUAAUCUCUACUGUAUGUACAACACACUUUAAUAACUAUAUAGUUAUUUGUCUAUUAACUUCAAAUACGUACUACUAUAAUUAUACCUACUACUAUACUAAUACCGGGUAUAUUUACGAGGAAAAAAAUUAAGACUUACCGAAUAAAAAAAAAAAAAAAAAAUACAAAUACAAAAACAAAUAGAAAUGAAAUGACGAAACCGCACUGAAUUUAAAAAUUAAUUUUAAAUGUAUCUAUCUAGGGAUAGGUACUUACUUUACCAUGUAGGUAUGCUCGUUAACAAGGAUUUAUUUUUUAUACAAUAUAGAUAAUAUAAACUUAUAUACAGUGCGGUACCAUUAUAAAAGUUGAACGAUAGUGAAAAUAUGUUUUAAUGAUUGUAUUAUUUUAUAACCAUUAGUUAGUUCUAUGUAAUUGGACAUUUAAUAAUACCAUAUUACACCAUUAAAAUAUAAAUCCUAUUAAAUCGCGAGUAUCGUUACUAUAUAUUUCAUUUAGUGUCGUAACGACCCACCUAACUCGUGAUCGAUUAUUUGUGUAUGGCACAAUACCAACGUACAAUUGGUUAGGUCUUUCAAUUAUUUCGAAUACCUACAUUAUAAACGAGUUUCAUUACGUCAAAUUCGUUAAUCAUAUUAUUUGGUCCAUGACACACGGCGGGUUAUCGUCACUUCCGGACCACGGGUGAAGGGGCUUAGUAUAGUUGAUUAGGCCAUACGAACAAAUAAUACGAAUGUAAGAUUUGGUCAAGCGAUUACGUUUUCCCACACGUCAUCGAGGAUAAAACCUACUCUGCGUAAACGACCUCAACUUUAUUGCUGUCUGAAUACUGUGCGUAAUGUAGUCCAAGGUGUUUAAAACUGGUUUUACUUGGAUCUACUUUAUUUUCAUUAUUAUUGUUAGGUAUUUGUUAUGUAUUAAAUAAUACAUAAUAAUAUCGUGUAAGUAUAGAUAUUGUGAAUUCGCGAAUAGAAAUAAUUCCCAGUUGUAAUGGUAUGAACAAUACACGUUAUACUUGUAAAUAUUACUUACGGAAUUAUGAACUAAUUAUUAUGUACCUAUACCGAAUAAUUUUUUUAAUAUUUAUCUAUUUUGGUUUCUAGGCCUCCGUGGUUUCUAGACCAUCUUGCACUCAAUCCUUCAUUUCCUAUCCAUUGAUUUUUCUUUCCAGUUUGAACCACCGCCAAAUCCACAUAGGCACUAUUUAUUAUUACAUCUUCCCAUCUCGUGUCGGUCUUUCCUAGGUCUUCUUCCCCAUGGAUUCAGUCCUAUUAUCGAAUUUAUCAUCUAUAGCUCCUACAAACACGGCAUAUAAUUAUUAUAGAUAAUAUUUUCCGCCUUAUUACGUUAAUAAAUAUUAUAGUGUACGUAUACGUUACAGGAUUUCCAAUAGGUAUACUAGAUUCUGCGUGUGAACGCAGAAAUUAUUAAAAUUGCACAAUAAGCAUUCUUGCUAGGAAGAUCCUGAAUAUUUGAAACCAUUGAAUCAGACGAGUUUUGAGAAUAAUCGAAAGCACCUUCGCGACACUAUAUAUUUUGAUACAGUAUUCGAAUUAGGAGAACACUGGAUGAUCUAUACUUCAACUAAUUUUUCAGAAAUUUUCAUCAACUCAGGACUGGCGCAAAGUAUUUUGCCACCCUGUGCAAUUAAAAAAAAUGCCACCCCUUACAAUAAAUUGGUGUAAAUAUAAUUACUACAGUUAUUUAUACAAAAUUAACAAAACUAAUUGAAUACUGGAUUAUAUUGUUGAAGAUUAAACGGUGAAAUUUUGUCUUCCGAAAAUUUAAAAAAAUAUUUAGGGUAAUUUAAUUAAUUAUAAGUAGGUUGAAUUAAGGCACAAUACGUUUAAUCAAUAAGAAAAAUAAGAAGACGUCCUAGGAUAAUGGGGUCGGGUGUGGCCAUUGUUAUAAGUACUAUUUAAUGUACACCUGUAAACAACGAUAAACCAUUUCUAAAAAAAAAAAAAAACGAUUUUGAGCGGAAUUAAGUUGAUAUAGUGGUGUUUUGUCAACAAUAAAUAUGUCAUAUUGUGGUAAAAUUCGAAUUAUUCCAAUUCCAAAAUUGAAAUGAAUCCCGAUUUUCCCGGUUUUCCCAUGUUUUCACAUUUUCUGGGAAAACUCUUGAGAAAAUCUAAAAAUGGUUUCCCUAAAAUACCUUUCCAGUCAGAUUAAUUUUCUGAAAAAGUGCUAUCAUUGUAAAUCGGAGCAAAAUUGCUGGUAGAAAAUUUGUCCACAGAAAAAAAAACGUCUUUGUAAAACCAUAAGCUUCUUCGUACCACUCAAAAUCUAAAAUACAAAUAAUCAAUUUUUUAUUUACAUUGCUCCACUUGCUUGUUAUACUUAAACUUCAAACUAAUAGUUUUUUUUAAAUUCAAGUUUUCAUCUGGUCAAAUAAAAAUAAUAGUACCGAAAUAAUUGUUUUUUUCUUAAAAGUUUGUCGAGUUUAUUAAUUAAGAGUAAGAUUCUAUUUCCACUUCCGUUUCAAGUGCUGUUGAAUCUAUAUUAGUUUUCUCAAAAGAUUCUUCUGAUAUUGGUUCCUUUAAAUAUGUCAAUGUAAUUUCUAAAAUGGCCAAAGCUUAAAGAUAUGUCAACAUUUGAUGUUUGCGUUAAUUUACUAACAAAUUUCUGUGAUUUAGUAUGUCAUACUAAAUGACAACAGAACAAAAAUAAAUUUAGACGUUUUUAUGAAAUUCUAUAAACAUUUACCUUCAUGUUUAACCGUUUGAUUUAAACUUGUGUUUUUUGAAAAACAAUUUUAUUAAUCAUAUAAAGCCAAUUAAAAACCUACAAACCUCGAACAAUUAGAUUUUUUUACUAUUUUUACCAUAGUUAAAAAAACCAAAAAAAUUGAAAUAACAAAAUCACCUCCUUAUCGCACCAACUAGAACAGUAGUUCCUAACCGGGAGGGAGGGAUUCUCCCAGGGGAAAUUUAGAUACUGCACGGGAAGAUUAUAAUGAUGAUGUAAUAGCGAAAAUUUUGUUGUUAAAAUAAUUAUACUAUUUUACAAUCAGUAAAAUUUAAAACAAUAAUUUAAUUUUAGUUACAUUAUGUACAGUUAUUUUGUAAAAUUUAUUUGUACAGCUGACAAAGGUAAAAGUGCAGUCUAAACUGAUAGUCUAAUCUAAUUUAAGAGAGAAGGAGUGUGAAGUUUUUGAAAAUUUACAAGGAGGCGUAGAAUAAAAAAGGUUGAACUAAAGUACCUAUUUUCAACCAGAAACCAUAAUAAAAAAACACUUCAUAUUAAAUCUAUCAAUCUAAUCAGUAGAAUCUUAUAUAAAAUACUUUAAGCAAAAACUUAGCCAGCAGUGUUAUAAGUCUGCAUUGUAGGGGUUUUUCUUGUAAUUUAUUAAUCACUGAAAUAUGUUUAAAACUUGUUAUGGAGGGGGGGUUGGUAGCGAAGUUCCCCCAUGAGUUACGUUGAGUUCAAUAAUAUAGCUAAUUUUUUUUUUAAGUCUUCUUUUAUGUUUCCAAUUUAAGCGCUGAUUUUAUGAAUUAUUAAAUGUGAUUUAAUUCAUUCAAAGUGCUAUUAACUUAAAAAACGUUGAAUAAUUUUCGGACUAAAAUUAUUACAAGUCUACCUACACUUAUUGACUAAUAAGUUGCUCACAAUAUGCGUGUUAAUAAUUUGUACUCGAAUAUUUUUUUAGUGGCCGUGAUUCAUCUCCUUACUGGAUUAUUGGGUAAAACAGUACGAUUAUUAUUCGUAGUAUUUUAUGAUAAUUUAUUUUGAUUCGUCUAAACAAUAUUAACUACUAUAUUGUCAUUUAGAGUUACAUAUCCCUACUUCACCAUUACGAAAAUGACGUUACAUUAGCUUGUUUAUUCGCUUGUAUUUUUCACCAUAUAAUCCUUAAAUUAUAAAAAAUCAAAUCAAAUCAACGGCAUCCCGUUUGAAUUUAGUACAGGUACUUUUAAACAAAUUAGCGUUAAAUAAGUAUUUUUUUUAUAAGUUAUCCUUUAUUGAAGUAUAACUAAUAUACAAUAAUAUAUUAGCUUUAAUUGCAUUCACUUUCUUUAUUUUCAUCAUUAAUAUUUUGUAUAAAUAUGCACCAAUUACCAAAUAUUAUCAAAAUAUAUUAUUAUAAUAAUAUUGGAAAAGUUCAACUUAUCGCAUGUUACCUACGUAUAUUACGGCACUCAAUCAUUAAGAAGCGUGACAAGUACGAUAACAGCUUGCACUUAUUACCUAUAAUAUAAAAUGUUGGCAUGGCAUAUAUAUAAUUAAACCGAAAAAUGUAAUUAAUGUUUUCAUUAAUAUUUUUCCGUCAGUUUUAUUAUAUUAUUGUGUCUAUAUCAAAUUGAAUACCAUAAUUAUAUAAUAUUAUAUUAUAAUAAUGAUAUUAUAAUUAUAUAGGUACCAUAAUUAUUAUCAUUAUAAAAGCAAUUAGAAUACCCACUUAAAAGGAAUUCACGUUAAUAAUAUUGAAGAGAUUGCGUGUUUUAAGCAAUUUCACGAAAUUGUUGCAAGUAAUAGUAUGAAAAUUUCGCGACUCAAAAUUAUUAAAGUUCACUUUCGUAUAAAUCUAAAACCGGUCUUAAAUCCUUAUUAAAAAAACAUAAAAUAAUAAUUUCCACGUUAAACAAAAAAAAAAAAAUACGCUCAGUGUGAUUUUAAAAUUUUCACUGAAAAUGUAUUAUCCAUAACACUUUUUAGGGUAUGAGAUAUGGGUUUUCAAUUUGUUUAGACGACGGAGAUGUUCAAGAUUAAAAAGUGAAAUUUUGUUUACAUAAAAUCCGUAACUUUUAUAUAAAUAUUCAACUAAAUGGAUAUAACUAUAUUAUCGCGUCUAUACAGUUAAAGUUGUGUUUUUAAUUUAUAUAAUAUACUGCUAUUUUACAUCAAACCAUAUUCAUUUCAAGUUAAAAUAAUUUUUCUAUACGAGGUUUUUAUGUUCAAAAACACGCAUCCUAACGUUCUAUUUUGGUUUCUGAACGUAGCGAGGUUAGGUUUUACUAUGAUGUGUGCUUAUUUUUUUUUUUUUUUGUCAGACGGGAAAGCUUUCCUACCAGAAAUUUCGUUCCAAUCAAAAAAUGACAAGAGCCAUUUUUGUUGCAUUUUGAAUUUAGUGGGUACAUUGGUAUUUUUUUGAUUUUAAAGCGGUUUUCAUAAUAAUUACAAAAAACCAAAACUCUUGCAUCGUUAGCAAUAUAAAUCAUUGCCUAAUGCGUAGACAUAUAAUUUAAAUAACUUUAUGUAUACCUAUUAGCUAUUUAUUUUCUCAACAUGUUAACGUGUUUGACGACAUCAAAAUCUUUAUAAUUUUUUUAUAUAGAAAUACGGACUAGGUACAGGCAGGCUUUAAACUCAUGUAAAAUUAAACUUUAAAUUAUAUAGUAGGUUAUAAAAUAGUUUUUGCAUCAAUCAUACCUAUAUAAUUAAUGUCAUAUUACUGGGUACUAUAUAAUAUGUGUGUAUAUCAAUUUAUAAAAAAAAGGUCGGACAUAUCUCGCACGUGGGUGCAGCUACUGUUGUAGGUGGGAAGUUGGGAAUAUAGGAUACAUACGAGAAUUGAAUAUAUAUCUGUAAGCAAGGAUAAACCAUUGCUAACGAUAAAACGAUUCUGAGCGGAUUUCAGUUUAUAUUUUUGCUUUGUCCACAAUACAAUAUAUGGUAUAUAUAUUAUCAUAUUAUAGUAAAAUGUUUACAACAAUGUACGUUUUCAUGACAAUAAUGAUUGUUUAAAAAAGAUUAAAACAAUAAAAAACUUAAUAAUAACAAAAAUAAAUAAAAACGGUUGUCAUUGAAAACCUUAUUUUUAAUCUUUCAAUCUUUUUAACCAAAAGACCGAAGUUUUCCUCAUUAUCUCGAAUAUUAUUGAGAAUUUCAAAAAAAUAAGCCAUUUGAAGUAGCACCCAGAUAACAUUUCUUUUCAGAAAAAGUGUUAUACUUGAUAAUCGGAGUAUGCUUUCUGGUAGAAAAAGUUUUCACAUAAAAAAAAAUAAACAUCAUAAUAAAACCAAUACAUUCCUCGCUCAGCUCAGAAUCUAAAAAUCAUAAUAAAAUAGCCAAAUUUUUAAUAUAAAAAUAUCGCGUACCUUUUUGAAACUUUUUAAUAGUUUAAAUAAGCAGUGUUGAAUCCAGGUGUAUGUCAGGGGGUCGAUAGCCCCCCCUGGAAUUUUUUUUGACUUCCAUGUUAAAUAUAGGUAAAUUAAUAAUUAAUUAAAUAAUUAAACAAAUUUGACUGGUCUGAGUAAGAGGAUAGAUAUGCAAAAAAAAGAAGUUCAUAACUAUAAUUUUAAUAAUGUCCCCCCUCUAAAAAUAUUGUCUGAAUUCAAUACUAUAAGUAAGUAUAGGUACCUACAUGUUCUAAAAGUUUCAUUCUAACCUAACCAAUAUAUUCUGAUAAAAUAAUUAUCCUAACAAUAAUUAAUGCCUACAUGAUGGUAAAAAUAAAUUUUUUCAGUUAACUGACUUUAUAUACAUGAUUAUUGUUUAAGUUUUAUUUUUUGUAUUCGCAGUUUUUAUUAGUUCGAAUUGAUACAAUAAUAAUAAUUUAUGGUUUAAAAAUUAUAUGUAUUCUAUACAGCAGUAAAGUUCAAAGUUCAGAAAGGUAUACCUAUUUCAAACGCAGCAAUAAUCGCGAAUUCACUUUCGAAUUUCUGAUAACACAAACAUCCCAAUUUUCACCAAACAAUACUCUUAUCACAUUCACGUUCAAAUUCGGAAUGGAUCGAAGGAUCUAUUGGUUUUACUUAAAUGUAUUUAUGUUCUGCCUGUAAACAACUUUUCAAAAGAAAAACUUGCUCCGAUGUAUCAAGCACCUUUUCUGAAAAAAAAUUUCAUCUAGCUGAUGCAUUAAAGGCAUCAUUUUUUUGAUUUUCCAUUAGGUUUUUUAAAAUAAUUGGGAAAAAUUGGAAACAAAAUUAUAGGUAAAACGGCAAAUAUUUACGGCGUGCCGCAAUGUUACCGAUUUCAUUGGUUUUAACUUUGAAAACUAUGUUUUUUACUAGAAAUAUUACUUUAAUCAAACAAUGUCUAAGAUCUCUUUUGUUUCAUUUUAGAUCUAAUUACUUAUGAAGUUAGUCAUUUUUUGAUUUUCUAAGUAGUUUUCAUAAUAAUUAAGAAAAAGGAUAAUUAUUUUAAUUGUUUGGUAGGUAAAUACUCCGUGAAUAAAAUUAUUAAACUAAACAGAAAUAUUUUAAAAUUUGAGAGGUAAAAAAAAAUUGGAGUGUAAUGUAAUUUUUUUUUUUUUAUUAUCAUUUUAUUAUUAAAUUUUGAAGAAAAUCGUAAAUAUUGUAGAUACAGCCAUACAAAUCAUGUAUAAAUGAACUUCAUUAAGAAUCGUUUUUCAUUAACAAUGGUUUAUCGUUGCUUACAAAUAUAAAUUAAAUAACUUUAUGUAUCCUACUUUCUUAACUUCCCAUCUAUAAUAGAGACUCAUCCAUCAGCAGUAUCAGAUUUUUUUUAUAAUUGCAUGAACCAUUGUGUACCGUGAUAAUAAAUUAUAGACAUUUUGGCUGUGGCAGCUCAUUAAUAAAUAUAUGUAUGUGUAUGUUUGUAGGAUAACGUUAUGGAUUUCAAAGAGUUUAAAGAGUUUUCUGCAGACAUGAUCAAUUAUGUUGGAAAUUAUUUGGAAAAUAUUCGGGAUAGGUAAGUAAUAUUUUUAUCAAAUAUUGAUUAAUUUGUGGCCGUAGUUAUUUUCCUCUAAAAAUGGUAAACUAUUUUUCUCCACUGACCAUUUUUCUCCAAAAAUAAAAAACAUAAAUCUAGACCAUUUUUCCCCAACAUCAAAACAAAAUAUUUUCACCCUUAAAAUAAUACUUUGUAAUUUUUCUACAUAAAUAUCAUAUACUUGCAAAGAAUAUUCUUCUAAACAUUUUUAUACGCAAAUCAAGACUGGAUAUAAAUUAAUUGAAAAAUUGAAAAAUUUAGUUGAUUUUAAUUAAACUAAGUGAAAUGUAUUAUGUUUCGCAACUUAAUUAUGUCCAACAGAAUUUUAUCCGUGAUGAUGUGAUAUCUGCAUAUGUUUCCACCUUACAAAUAUUCGGCAUAGCAAAUUUGCGUUCAGCAAGGACAACUUUGUGUUAUAAUAUUAAAGUUAAUUAGCCUAUUAUCAAACUUAAUGAUAAGAACAUUAUUCAUUCAUACAUUUAAGUUUUCCCGAUAUUUUAAUUUAAAGCAAGAUUAUAUGAAUAGGUAUCUAAAAUAUAACAAUUUAAAAAUACUUAUAACUCGAAUUAAAAAUUGAAAUAUCCAAAAAAACUAACAAGGUUGCGCAGAUUAUAUUCUUUCCUUUAAGUUUUAUUUUUUUAAAAUAAGUUAAUUAAUCCUAAUAUUAAAGUUAACAGUGCAAAUUCGUCCCUGUUCAACUCAAAUUUACUACUUGGUGUAUCUGUAAGACGGAGACAGCACACAUAAUGCAGAAGUCACGUCUGACAUCAUCUUAAGGUUAAUUUUUCAUUAAUACACAAUAGUUAAAGCAGUCAGUGCUAGCUGAAAAUUAAGACUUUUUAUAUAGUAUUUGGUUUUAUUAAUUCGAUAUAAUAUUUGGAAGCAAAUAGGCAUGAUAUUGGCACAAUGAAAUGUUUUGAGAAAAAUGUCCUGCCCUAAUUUGUCAGUAAUAGCUAUAAAAUAUAAUUUAAAUGUUUAAAAUAACAUAAAGUAGAAUUCCACAUUCAGUCGUAUUUUAUAAUGUAUAAUUAGCUGGUAUACAUAAUAUUAUAUCAAUAUAUUACAUUACAUUUGUUUAACUUUUCAAUAAAAGAAAUAAUCGAACACCCUCCCCCUUCCCCUGUGUCCACCACUAUAUUGAUUAUAAUUUAAAAGAUAUUUAGAGUAUAACAUUUUUUGUGUUUUAACCGACGGCCGCUAUAGGUGAAUAAUAUUAUAUGGUUAAUUAUUGAUAUACAUAAUAGUUUAUAUCCGUUUCGUUUGUUAUACAGGAAAGUGUUAUCGUCCGUGAAACCGGGUUACUUGAGACCGCUUUUACCCGCGGAGGCACCCAACGACCCGGAAAACUGGAAAGACGUCAUGAAUGACGUCGAAAAGCUGAUUAUGCCCGGGGUAAAACCGUAGAGCCGUGCGCGUUUUGAUACAUAUGAUACGCAUAUUCUAUAACAAUAAAAAAUUAAAAAAUACUAAUCAUGACGAUAUAAAAUAUCAGCGACGCGAUGUUUAUGAAUAAUCGUGUUAUUAAAUGUGUUUGUAGGUGACACAUUGGCAUUCUCCGAGAUUCCAUGCUUAUUUUCCUACGGCAAACAGCUAUCCGGCUAUUGUCGCCGACAUACUGAGCGAUUCAAUCGCUUGCAUCGGAUUUUCGUGGGUAAUUGAAUUUUUUUUUUUUAUCCUGCAGUGUGACGAAACGAAUAAUACUUUGUGUUCUAUUUUGAACAUUCAAAUAUACUAUGAACAUAAAUCAAUAUCGUUAAUAUUGUACAUUUUAUCUCGAAAUCAAUUAUGAAUGGCCAUAAUACUACUUGACAAUUUUUUUGUUUUCAUAAAGUUCGCUUAUAAAAUUCUCGAUUUUAUAUGUUUCGCCUAUAUAAUAUUUUAAACUAUUAUAACCACUCAUAUUGGCAAUUGUAGAAACGAUCUGUAAUUUGUAUAGUGUAUAAACCUGUAUAGGUAUACAAAUGUCUUGUAUACAGGACAAUAAUUAAUUAUAUUAUGAACCAGCGAUAUUCUUAGAAGAUUAUAAGUCACAUUGUUACAGUUUGAUAAUUGAUAUCUGUAUUUUUCAAUCGUUAUGGAGUUAUUUAAGCAUUAUUUUAAUACUAUUUUAAAUUGUUCACCCUUACUCCGUAUAUCCUUAAAUGAUUAUACGCUUGUAGUUUUUUAAAUAGGUACUUUCCUCCUAUAAUCACAGAUUCUAAUAGAAUUUAUUUUUCUAUACAUUUUUAAACUGUUAUAACAGUUAAGCGGUAUAUCCGAUACCAUAGCGUUAUAUGCGUAUCAAUAUCUGUAGAAAAAUAUUGAAUAUACUAGUUUUAAUUUAAAUAAGGGGACAGUGGCGAAACGAAUUCGAUCUUUGAGAAACGAAGAAGGUGGAUGCUCAAUACGAAAACAAUUAAAUAUUAGUACUCAUUUACUAAUUUAGUAAAAAUAGGUGAACAUUGGAAAAUAUUGGUGGGUGGGUACCGAGUGAAUUACAGGUUUCUUCUGGAAUAUUACAGAUUCACUUUGCCACCGAAAAGGAGGAGUUCUUAUUUGAAAUCGAAAUUGUAAAUUGGGUAUAAAGAGUAGUGGUAUAAAUUAAAAAUGUUAUAUUAAAACUUAAAUGACUUCAUAAUGAUUGAAAAAAAUAGAAAUUAAAUUAAUUUUAAAUCAUUCGACAACAUCACUUGUUUAUUAUAGUAAAUUAUUCUAACCUUAAAUCCUUAAAACCUUAUAAAUAAAAUGUACAAUAUAUCAAUUCAUUAUUAUCAUUAGAAAACUGUAUAGAUAAAUUGAUAUCUAUGGUAUCGGAUUUUAUAGACUUUAGAGACAGAGACAUAUUCGGGGUUUUGCCUACCCUUUCCCCUCCAUUAAAUAUAAAUGUUUGAAAAUGAAAUUAGUUGUAAUUUAUUGAAUUGUAAUAAUUUAUAAUAUAUAUGGCAAUUACUUUAAUUACUUACACAAUUACUACAAAAAUAAAUUGUAUUUUUUUGCAUGUUUUUGAUUAACUAAACUCAUUUAUAACAUUGCCAUACUUCACAGAUUUGUACGAAAUAACAAAAAAUUAAAAUAAUGAUAAUAUUAUCAAACGAGUGUUGAGAGCGUUGAGCACUUGUUAUAUUGUAUGCAAUGUUUCCUCCCUUAUCUCCUAAAUAGGUCUCUGUUAAUAGGUCAAUAUAUUAAAAUAAUAUUAUGUUAUUAAUUGCUAUAUUAUACCUACUUAGAUAUCGAGUCCCGCAUGUACUGAACUCGAAGUGGUCAUGAUGGAUUGGUUAGCUAAAAUGAUCGGCUUACCGGAAAUGUUUUUAGCUUCUGCCGGUCAAGGCGGAGGUGGUGUCAUACAGGUAUGUCAUAUUUAUACAGCCGAUAAUUUAUAUAAUAUGCGCAUUGAUUAUUAAAAGUAUAUUUUAUGUAAAAUCAAAUCUUUGAUAUUGGUACAGUGGACAAUAGCACAAAAAGAACGGUAUCAAUAUAAAUAACGAAAAUGUCCGUGAUGCAAAUUAUUGUGUAUUUUUCAGCAUUGUAUAUUAUAAUAUUAUGUGCUCUAACAUAAAACUAAUUAUAUUUCUCUCCGAUUUUAAACACAAAAUAUGUAUUUCUUAAGAUAUGUACCCAUAAUAAAUGAAAACAAAAAUUAAGUGCAUUUUGCUCACACAUGCGUAAGUACCUAUAUGUAUUAUUAUAGUUCUUUUUUUUUUCUUUCACGCAUUAUGAUUUUAUAUUUAAAAUUAGGACGCGUAUUUCGAAAUAUUUUUUUAUUUUCGUUAUUUAUUUCCCAAACAAAACUGCCGAGACGACAUUUUUUUUUUUUGUUCAAUAAUAAAAUUAAUCUUUUGUUUUUAAGGUUUCAACCGCUAUUAUAAAUGUGUUUAAUUUUCUUUUUAAUUAAAAAGACGGAAGGAUAAAAAUUAAUUAUUCGUAUAAAAAUUAAAUGUAUAAAUCCGUCUUUCAAUAUAGAUAUCAGUAUAUUGAUUAUACAAUAUAUAAUAUACGUUAUACAUAUUAAAUGUCACGGUUGAUAUUGAAAAUUAGACAAUAUCUAAUUUUCGUACAGUAGUGGUUUCGAACCAAUUUUGUGCUGUUAGUUAUAAUAUUACAAUGAAUUGGCCUAUUAUCAUACAUAUAAUUAUAAAGAGAAGAAUAAGAACACUGUCUGUAUUUGUAUGUUGUUUUUUUUUUUUUUUGUUAUUUAAUUUUCAAUUGUAAUAAUUCACAUACUCGUAUCUCACUUGAAAAUUAAAAUAUCGAAUAAAUAUAACCAGCAUACAAACACAGUUGACAAUGUUUUUACCUGAAAGUUUGGUAAUAAUUCAAUUCGCUCUAAUAUUAAAACUAAAAACACAAGAUUGGUUGUAUUAAACAAAAAUUUGAAAUUAUCUAAUUUUCAAUAUUAGCCGUGUCAUAUAUAACGAUAAAUUUUUGAUCAUUUACUUAUUAAUUCAGAUUUCGAUAAAUAAGGAUUUUUCCUUCCAUAUCAAUGAGGACGUCAACUGCUCUCCAUUAUUUAAGGGGUUUUGUGUUAUUGUAAUAAUAUUAAUAAACUAGGUAUAUUUUCGCUACAAAAACAAGAAAACUUGUAUCUACUAUGAGCAUCCGCAGACCUUUUUUCAGGGAAAGGUAAACAGAAAAUUCCAAAAAUAAAUGGCGAUUUAUAAUAGUUGCUCACGUGUCUUCAUAAGUUUCAGAUGAAAUUUAAAAUCUACUUGCAUUGUGUAAUAUUAUUUUUACUUUUUUCGAUACCACAAUAACUACAAAAAUGGUUAUUCCAGUUUGAAAACCUUUAAAUUAUUAGAUAUUAAAAUAAUCAUGAUAAAUUAUUUGGUGGUUCAAGUUCGUUCUUUCUCCUUUUUUAUUUUGGUUGAAAUUUGGUUUUACAAAAAAUGUUAUGAUUAAGAUUUUAUAUCGUAGGGAACGGCCAGCGAAGCAACCCUGGUGGCGUUGCUGGGUGCCAAGGCGCGGAUGCUGCAAAAGAUAAAAGCGACCGACCCGGCCAUAGUGGACUCGGAUGUCGUUCCCAAACUGGUGGCGUACUCGUCCGAACUGUCCCAUUCGUCCGUGGAGCGCGCCGGCCUAUUGGGAGGCGUGCUUCUCCGAGCUGUGGCAACUGACGGCGAACACAAGCUUCGGGGCGACACUCUCCGGGAUAUUAUCCGAAAGGACCGUGCUGAUGGGCUGAUUCCGUUUUUUGUGGUGGCCACGCUAGGAACAACUAGCUGUUGUUCGUUCGACCGUCUGGAUGAGAUUGCUGAAGUUGGAAAAGAGGAAGACAUCUGGGUGCAUGUGGACGCCGCUUACGCCGGUGAGCGAUAAUAUUUUAUUAAGCUACUAUUCGUAGUUUUGUUUUUAGGAAAACCUAUUUCAAUUUGUUGAAACGCUUCGAUUUUGUCAUACCAUUAUAUUCCUCAAAAGAUGCAACAUUUCCGGCCGGUAGUACUUUAUUUGAAACAUUUAUUGACAUUUUUAACAAUUUGCCCCCUGGGUUCUUUUUUUAUUUCUUAUAUUUUUAAAUUUAAAGCGAAGUGAAGGGUCUAUUAGUUUCACUAUAUGAUGUGUGUUUUUUUCUGUCUGUAAACAAAAGAAAAUUUGCUCUGAUGUCUAAUCAACAAGUGUAGCGAACUAUGUUUCCUACUAGAAAUAUUGUUUAAACCAAAAAAUGCUUAAAGACUUUUCUUGUUGAAUUUUGAACCUAAUUGCUUACGAAAUUUAGUUUUCAGUAAUAGAAAGUAGUUUUCAUAAUAAUUUAGAAAAACCUGAAAAAGACAUAAAAUUAAAACUAACAAAUUUACGACGUUAUAAAGCAUUUUAAUUUUGCUAGUUUUUUACGUAAUCUAUAUUCAAUAGGUACUCCAUAGAUAAAAUUGUUUGACCAAACAGAAAUACUUGACAACUUAACAGGAGGUUUAUUAUAAGCCGUUCUUAGUGGUAAAAAAAACAAAUUGACUGUAAUGUAAUAAUUUUUUUUUUUUAUAAAAGUUUUAAUAUCAAAUUUUUACGAAAUUCGUAAAUAUUACUUCGCUCCAAAUCUUUUUUCGUUAGAAAUACCUAGUUUAUCGCUUUAUAAACGAAUAAACAGGACUAAUACUACAUAGCUACGAUUAAUUUUUCGUUUGCAAUGGUUUUUUUGUUGCUUAUAGUUAUAUAAUUUAAAUUACUCUAUAGGGUGUAUAAUAUAUUAGAAUACAUUAUAUCCUAUUAUUCUAUAUAUUAUAGUAUGUAAUGUAUAUUCUACAUUCCUAAACUAUCGUUAAAACAAUGGUCUACCCUGCUACCCAUGAUAUGAAAUAUAUAUUGGUUUUAUUAUAUUUUAUAAUUGACAAUUUUUUUGUAUUUUUUGCCUUAAAAUUAUACUUAGUGAAUUAAUAAUAAUUCCUAGAGAAAGAUUAUUAAAACCCGUUUUUCGAAUGUCGCGAUAAUAAUACCUUAUUAUUAUUAGGUGGGUAUUUUUAACUAACUUUUACGUUUUUACGUUUUAUUAUUAUAAAUAUUUUUCAGGAUCGUCAUUUGUUUGUCCGGAAUAUCGACAUUACAUGAAAGGUGUUGAAUUAGUCCAUUCAUUUAAUUUUAACCCGCAUAAAUGGCUUCAGGUUACGUUCGAUUGUUCGGCAAUGGUAAUUAUAAUAUUUAUAUUAUAAUAUUUUGUUUCAAAUUACCUAUUUUAUAAUAUAAAAUUAUUAUUUUCACCUAUAAUGAUAAUGCAUCGAUAAAAAAAAACUUAUACAAUUUCAGAGUACUCAAUAGUUCUUGUGAUUUAAAGGAUUUAUUAAGGGAAUGAACAAAUUUGAGUUUAUUGCAAUUUAUCGGUAUAGAUAUUUUAUUAAAAUUAUCAAUAUGUAAUUUUUAAAUUUCUUUCGAUGCGAGCACCAUAAUUAGCUGGACCAUCAAUUACAUCUGUUUACGGUUUACGGUUAUUUUAGGAGUGGGAAAACGCACACAUCAACACACGAGAAUACGGAGGGCUACAAAAAAUUAAAACACAAAUAAAACACAUGAAUAUAUUUUUAAGAUAAUUAACUGGAAAUAUUUACUGUACAGAAAACGUACUAUACAGGGAAAUUAAAUUAAGGAAACUAGUAUGGGUAAAUUCAGAGCAAAACACAAGAAAGUGUACUCGGGAAAUAUAUUACACAGAAAAUUGAAAUUGGGAAAAGUUUCGGUUAAGUCCGAAUAUUUAUAUAGUGCUAUUGAUUUUAUAGUGUACUAUUUAUUAUAAAAUCAAAGCUACGAUAAUAAUCAGCACCGACCGCACUGAUAGUAGACAAGCACGGAGGUGCUUGGAUAACUCUGCGUAAUAAUUUUCCCCGAUUUCAGUUUUCUGUAUAACACACGUCUUUUCCUGCAAUACGGUUCCGAAAUUUCCGUUUCCUGUUUAAUAUUUGUCUGUGCAAUUAUUUUGUAUAUUAUAUUUUCCUUUGAAUACCUUUAUAAUUUAUUUACGUUCUUGCGUGCUUGUAUGUUAAUAGUUAAUUCGCACGAAAUAAUUGUUCGUAAACAAUUUAGUUUUAAACAAAAUUUCAGAAAAAUUACUUGUGGUAAUAACACGGGAAUAUUCUUUGCAUGUAAAUUUAUUUACGUUUAUACAUUUUGGAUGGUAUCAUUCUUCUUCUUAUACCCACUUGUACAAUUAAAUACAAUUUUUUUUAAAAAUAGAAAUAUAAUUUUGAUUUUGAUCGUGUAAAAUUUAAAUGUACUUGUAUGUUAAUCACAUUAAUUUGAAAUUGUAGUGGUUAAAAAAUCCUAACUACGUGAUAAAUGCAUUUAAUGUGGAUCCGCUCUAUUUGAAACACGAACUCGAGGGACAAAUGCCGGAUUACAGAGUAAGUACUUUCUAUCUUUACCCUUAUAGCCUUAUUUACAGUAUGUAAACGUUAAUUGGAAAUGCUUUAUAACUCUGCUCAUAAUUUAUAUAUUUGAAUUUCGUUUUUUUUUUAUGCCUAACAAACAUUGCUAUGUUAAACUAUUUUGUAACAUUUAAUUCGUGUAUGCGCAUAAUAACUAUUUUUUUUUUUAAAUGGAAAUCCCUUUUUUUUGGGUAAUUAUUUUUUACUCAUGUUUUUUUAUUAUGAAUUUGAAUGGUCAAACCAACUUCCUGAGUUUUUUUUAAAUUGGCGUUUAUUUAUAAUUUACAAUCUAUAUAAUACAUAUAAUAAGUAAAUUUGAUAAAUAUAAAAUAAAAUAGGCAGUGAAUGGCUUGAAGGAAGACUUGCAGUCGAGUCACAUUUUACAAUGAAUAGGAUGCAUUAGCUGUAUGAUUAUACCUUAUAGGUUAUAAGCUAAGAUCUCUGCACCAAUUUUGUUUGAGACGUCUUAUGAGGUCGUUAGGAAGUGUGUUUGAUGCAAAUUAUGAAAUAAGGUGGUUAGUGUUCGUGAUGAAUUUCUCGUAAAACUUUUUGUAGAAGAUGAUAGCUGUAUCGUAGAUGGUUUUAAUUGCGAGGUCGUCGUGGAGUAAUUUGUUUGUUACGUACCCUGCUUUUGUGAUAAUACGCAGACAAAUAGAUUGGAAGGCUUGAAUUGUUUGGCAAUUUGAUUUUCUAGCUGGGCCCUAGAGUAUGAUGCCAUAAUUCAAUAUGAGACGGAGGAGACUUUUAUUGAUGAGAAGUUUAUUUUAAAUAUUAAUGGUAGACCUGAAUAAGGGUCUUAGUAAGUAAAGUUUGCUGUUUAGCUUCUUUUGUGUGACCUUAAAGUGGGGACCCCGAGUAAGUUUACUAUCUAGUGUGAGCCCGAGAUAUUUGACUUGCGAGUAGUGAGGUAUGAUGGAAUUAUUCGAGGUGAUCGGUGGGCAGUCUUGAAGUCGUAGUGAGAAGGUUAUGUGAGAUGAUUUGGUUUCAUUGAUUUUAAUUCCCCAUUUAUUGAAUCAAGACAUAUAGAUGUUGAGAUAGGUUUAGAUUGUUUGGCUGGCAACGGCAGGGUAAGAAUUUGAGGCAAGUAUGGUUGUGUCAUCGGCAUAUGUUCCGAUGAAGGUUGAUUGGUUGAUUGGUAUAUCUGCGGUGUAGAAAAUGUAAAGGAAGGGGGCGAUGCCACUACCUUGAGGAACGCCAGCUAAUUUUUCAACUUCCUAAGUUAAAAAAAAAGCCGAUUUAUGGAUAUUUAAAUGUUUAAUGUUAUUUUUUAAUAUUCUUGAAUUAUUCAACAAUUUGUAGAUUUAAAUUAUUCCUUUUUACACAUAUGAUAUCAUCUAGUGAUAUUUUUAGUACAAUGGAGGAAGGAUUAUCCUCUCUUUAUUUUCUUAUACUUUUUUCUUUAGGUGACUAAAUAAAAAAAUACAAUUAAUUUUUUUGAUUUUAAAUUUUAUAGUUAGUACAUUCAUUCAUCUGAUAAAUUGUUCAAAUUACUGUUCAUUAUGAUUUAAGUAAUUUCUACUCUCCGUAGAAGUUCCCUAUUUAUUGCAGUUAAAAUUUUCCUUUCAGUAAAUUGAAUACAUGCCGCAUUUAUUUUCUCUUUCAAAUGCAUAUAUAUAGACAGUAUAUUUGACUGUAUAUAUAUAUAGGGUGUCCCACAAAUAUAAAGGUAACCAUUGCAUAUGUCUUAAGAUAAUAAAAAUAAUCAAAUUCUGUUGUUUUUUUUAUAUUACUCGCAAGGUUAAGGUCUAUAAAUAUUUAUAUUUGAAUUAAAUUUCUAUGUUUCGGUAAAAAAACUAAAAAAUAACUUUUAAUAUUACUAUUAUUGAAAAAUUUAAAGAUAGUAAUUUUAUAGAGUUUAUUCUUUUGAUAAUGUUGACGUAUCAAUAUUUUAUUUUCAUUUAAUUCGUGAUUUUUAAAGUUCACAGAAAAGUAUCUAUUAAUUAGACAGCAGACUGUAAACGAAUUUCCUAAUUCGUUAUUAUUUUUAUGGUUAACUUAAUGUACACUUUUUCGUGUACAUUUUCGGAACUUUUUCGGAUCUUCAAAUUUUUCAAAAAUAAUAACAUACAAAUAUUUUUUUAGUUUUUUUUACCGAAACAUAAAAAUGUAAUUCAAAAAUAAGUACUUAUAGUCCUUGUUCCUGCGAGUAAUAUAAAAAAACAAAACUAAAUGUGAUUAUUUUUAUUAUCUCCGGAAAUAUUACAAUGGGUAUAUAAUACCUUCGUGGGACAUAAAACUAUAAAAACGUAUCAUAUGAUAAAAUAUAAGAUAGAGAUAUUAAUUGUAUAAUAUUUACCAUAAUACGAUAACAUUGUAUAGCAUUGGCAAAUACCGUUGGGCAGACGAUUCCGUUCGUUGAAAAUGUGGUUCGUGUUCCGUUUGAUCGGCGUGGCGAAUUUACAAAAGUCCAUCAGGAAAGAUAUAAAUCUGGCUCACGAAUUCGCCUCACGAUUGGAAAACAAUCCAAACUUCGAGUUGUUUAACGAAGUUACUAUGGGAUUGGUGUGCUUCAGAAUUAAGGUAAUAUUACGGUAUAUACAAAUGUAUUAUACUAGUUUAAUUCUUAGCUACGUAAUAUAAAAUAAUGUAAACAUGAAUAUGUAGGUACCUAUUUCUAAGGACCCGGAGUGACGUAAUUAUUGUGGUUUAAUAAUAACCAAAAACGUGUAAAUUAAGAUUAGGUCGAAUUGCACGAUUCGGGUUUAAAAAAAAAAAGAAGGUAAUAGUCGAAUUGCACUGGGGUCAAGAAACGAGUUUCAACAGAAAUUGUCGAAAAAAUAAAUUCGAUUUAAAAGUUUUGAAAGCACAUUGAUUCCUUUGAUUUUUCCGACAUGGACAGUUACAAACAUAUACCUACAUUUUAAUGCACAAUAUAGAUACAAGACUAGGGGCUAGUACAUUCCAACAAAAAAUAGGUAAUAUUUACAUAUAGCGAGUAUAAACUUCUACUAAAGAUACAGUGUUAACUUCUAGUAUUAACUCCUAUACACUAUAGACGGUCAUAGUUGUAAAAAAUCAUAAAUUACAAAAUAUUUUAAUAUAUUUUUUUUUAUAAACUACUAAAAUUAGUAAUAAUUACUGAUUUAUUUACGCCUAUUUCUACAACACACCAUAAUAAUUAAUUCAUUUAGUGAAAUUUCUCUCUAUUCGUAUUUCAUAUAUUGAUAAAUUAUUUUCUCAUAUUUUGAAAUUAUUUUUGUUCACCUAAGCCGUAGUACAUCACUGCUUCUAGUUUUUACGUACAUUUCUAUUUAGGAAAACGUUUACAAAUAAAUGUAAAUUCGUAUAGUCAUAAUAAAAAUUACUACGAGUAUUAAAUUUGCAAUGAAACAAUUCACAUGCAUUUGUUGUUCAAUUAUUAGACCAUCAUUUUGAGGAAAAACUGAAUACUAAAACAUUAAUUAAAACCCACAUUUUUAGUUAAAUAGUUGCACUAUUAUUCAAUGUUAUCGUCAUAUAUUUUACUUUUUAAUAGAUCAAAUCCAAAAGAAUUUUUAAUAUUGUUGGUUUCCAAAAAUGGUAAACCAAAGGUAUCCAUUAAAAAUUUACCAAUUUCAGAUUCAUUAUUGUUGUAGUGAUUUGUAAGGCCUAAUUGUUGAUAUUUUCUGAAUCAAUUUUGACACAAAUGAAAAUUGCAACCACUUAUUUCCGCUGUUGGACACAUUUACGGCAAAUAAAAAACAAAUUCCUUAACCGGAAAUAACGUAUCCAUACGUUAUCGAAAUAUGUUUACUAAAUUUUAUUUUUGUUAUUAUUUUAAAAAUAUGGUUUUAAAAUAUUAUCUCCAAAAGAAUGGAAACAUACUUACAAUAUAUACUAAAAGUACCUACAAGCAAUAUGCAAGAAGCAUUGUAAUAUAUGAAAUAAACAUUACAUAUCCCAAACUUAAAAAUAUAAAAAGGUAUGUGUAAAAGAUUACAGUAUCUAUUUUCGGCAAAUAAAAAGGGAUUCUAUAGGAGUGUACACUAUGUUUUAAGUUCAGAUAAAAAGAUUAUUUUUGUAGUUGUUUACUUGUAGCCACAAAACCUGCAAUUAAACGAUACCAGAAAAAGAAAUUGAAUUUAAAAAUAUAAUAUUUCACCUUCGAUCCUAAUCUAAUCUAACCUAACCUCCUCCUCCCUACUAAUAAUACACAAAUAUUAUUUUAUUUUUCUUAUAAUUAUUAUUAUUAGUCAUGACAUAUAUCUUAAAAUAUAUUAAUUAUAAUAUUAUAAUAUGUGUGUAUUUAUUAUUACUUGUUAAUAUAGGGAUCCAAUGAAAUCAACGAAGCACUGUUGAAAAAGAUAAACGAUCGUGGCAAAAUUUAUAUGGUUCCGUCAAAAGUCAAAGGAUCGUUUUUCUUACGUAUGGCUAUUUGUUCCAAGUACACACAGAUGGAAGAUAUUAACGUGACAUGGAACGAAGUCAAAGAAGCUGGUGAAAUCAUAAUGAGUAAUGAAAAAUAAUGUUGAUUUGGAACAUGCAUACAUAAUGUUAUACUGUAGUAUUUGCCGAAAUAAUAGUAUUAUAGUUUUAUUUGACUAUUACUAUAUAUAUAUAUACCUAUCUAUGUAUCAUUUGAAAAUCAAUCCUCAUUGUCAUUGAUGUUUUUUGUAAUAUUUAUAACACAUAUUUUAAUACAUUAUAUUAUACUAUGAUAUAAAUAGGCAAAGUAUGUAGUUUUAGUCAUAUCAUAAAACGAUAUCGUUUAAACGGUCUAAGUCAAGAACAUUUGUUCAAUAGAUAAUAAUUAUGUAAAUUGAGUUCAAAGCAAACUACUUAAUAGUUAUAUUAUAUACCUACCUACCACCCCUGAUCUGCAGUAAUCAAAGUAAUUCGAAUAGAAGAAGAUCUAAUUAUACAUAAAUACCUACCGAACGUAAUACAAUAAUUUACAAUACAUUUAAUAUUAAAAAUGAUUGAAACGAAAAGAAAAAUUAAAAAUUUACCGUAAAAUUAUUGAAAUAUUUAUUUAAUUUAAAUUCAUGCAUGGAUUUUGAAUGUAUUAUUUAUAUUAUUCUUAUUUAAAAUCGUGAAACUGUUAUAAUAGAUAAAACUUUUUAGGUUACCUACUUUUUUUUAAAUCAUAGAUAACAGCAAUAUUAAUAUGUAGAUAUAAUAAUUUAAGUGAUACAAUAUAAUAAUAUUAAUUCAUAUAAUUAUAUUAAUAAUUACCCAAGGAUAAAUUUAGAGGAUUUAGAUUUAGAAGGUUUCUAGGAAAAUAAGUUAACGAUUGAGACUUAAUCUCGUAUACGUUGACAUAUUUUGAAACAAAAAUAUAAAUAUUUAUUAUAAUAAAAAAAAAAAUACAACACCUUUAGAUACAAUAAUUUAAUAUAUUUAAUUAUUUAGAUAGAAAAAAUGAAAUUAUACUAUAGAUAUAGAAAUAUGCAAAUAUAUCUAUAUACAUUUUAAUAAUAAUAUUAUAACGUUUUACCAAACUACAAAAAAUGUAUAUUGCUUUUAUCAUAUAUUAAACACAUAAUAUGUAUUGUAUUUAUAAGUAUAUAAGAACCAUUAGAAGUAAAUAGCUAGGUCAGAUUAGACAACUGAGAUAUGUCUAUGCGAUUAUAAUCAAAAUGUGUCAACAAUGGCUCUAUACUUUAUAAUGUUAAACCACAGAACAGAUAUAUUAUUCAUUCUAUGCAGAUAAUUAAAUGUUAAUAAUUUGCUUACACCAUAUUUAUUUACUGUUAAAUCAAAAACUAAAUAAUCAACAAUACUUAAAUAUAUAAUAUAUAAUUAAUAUCAUUACGAAUUGUUUUAUUAUUUUCCGAAAUAUUUUGUCCUUAAAUCCAAGAUAUAGGUAUAUAGCUGGUACACGUCUAUAACCACCAGUGACGAUCAAAUGAUUUUUUCAUGAUGGGACUAUGAGAUAUGGUUGACUUUUGAAUAUUUUUUAACGAUUUGUAUUAAUUACAAGUUUCUCUCUCUCUGUAUAUAUAUACAUAUAAGCAGGGGCGGCUUCAGUGAACUGCCAAACUAUAUUCAAGAUUGAAUUACAUUUUAUAGAUAUGACUUUAUCCUAUUAUUUUGGGAAACAAAAAAACAAUAUUAUAAUCAAUAAAAUAUAGUUGUUUUAAAUCUUAGAUUUAUAUUUUUAUUUUUGAGAAUGUAUUAUUCUAGAACAAGGAAUAAUGUAUAGGUAGGUACCUAUUAAUUUUAUUGUGCAAUUUAUUUUCUACCAAAAAUGUUGCUCCGUUCAAAACACAAGAGGUCUUUUAAAUUUUCCAAAUAGUUUUCUCAAUAAUAAUUGGGAUAAAAUAAAUAAUGCAUAUUUACAAUUACUGAUUUAUUAUUUAAAAAAAUAAAUGCAAAUUAUUAUUAUUAUUAAAAUUGUAUAGUUUAGUAAUGAAAAAAAGUACUGGCGAUGUUCAUAGAGAAUAACUGUAUUUAGUCAUUUAUUUUUUUUUUUUUUUAUUAUACAAUUGUAUUUAAAAUCUUAAAUAAAAAAACCAAUAUUACUAUUUAUCAUUCCCACACUGUAGCAACUCAUAUACACUGAUUAAAAUAAUUUUGUCCACAUAUCUAAGUAAAGAUUUUCUAGUUCAUUACAAUAGGAUUUACAGUCAAACAGUACACUUGUUGUUUUCAAUUGCCAUAUUUGUUGUUUUAUUUGGUCCAAUAGAUAGGUGUGCUUCUCUAGUUGUAUUGCUAUUUUGGUGUAGUCAACUUCAGUCAAAGCAAUUAAUUCUGUACAGUUUAUCACAGUUAAUUGUGAAGUAGUCAUGCGGGCCACAAAUGUAUCUCCAGAUAAUGUUACUAUUGGCGUUCCUGCCCAUAAUGCAUCUAAGCAACUGUUAUAACCAUUGUAAAAUGGUGUAUCUAAAUAUACAUAAGCCAGCUGAAUUCUUCUCAGAUGUUCAGCCUUAAGUGCUAUGUUGCUGAAAAUUAUUCGUACUGGAUCAAUACCAUUUAAUUCAAAAUAUUCAUGAAUGUUAUUUUCGGUAUCCUCAACAAACGGUAAAAGCCAUAACACAGAAUUCUUAACAUCCCUUAGAAUGAUUAUCCACAUAUUUGAAGUAGUUUGAUUUAUUUUAUAAGGUUGUCCAAAAUAGCAAUACACUAUAGUCUUCUGGCAGAUUAUACAUCUGUCUUGUAUAGCACUUCAGAUAAUCACCAGGAAACAUUUGAAUGUUGUACAUAAAUUAAUUAUACCUUUUAAAUAUACCCAUGGUUCCAUUGUAAUUAUUCCUAUUUGUUGUUCUGUUUUGACGUAAGUCAUUAAAUAAUAACUUGUGAUCACCAAAAAAUACAGUUCGAUUCAAGUAAGCCAACUUUUCAGUAUACAAAUAAUCUAAAUUAGACUGAGAACAUUGUUCAUCUGUUACUAAAUAAUCUAUAGCACCACUAUUUCCAUGAUGUCCAAGUAAUUUAACUUGAAUUGGAGCUGUUUUCAAUGCAAAUAUUUCAUACACAAGAUCUUUUGUAGAUUCACCUACAUCAAUUAAAAUACAAAUUCUAUCUGCAUUUAUUUUUUUGACUGCAUUAAUUUUACUGAAGUUCGAAAUAUCAAUACAACAAUCAGACGCAGAUAAAAUAUUUGACCUAAACACAUAUUUUGAUAAUAAAUAAUUAUAAAUUAAGACAAAUUAAUAAUAAUGUAAAAAAUUGUACAUUAUGUAUUUUAAUACUAAUUUUAUUUAGAUUUUGAGCGGAGGGAAUUCAAUGUUAAUUUUUUUUUCUGUGAGAAACUUUUCUACCAACAAUUUCACUCAAAUUUUCAAUUUUAGCACCUUUUCCAAAAGAAAAUUGGACUGGGGUGGUACUUCAAAGUUAUUUUUUGAUUUUCCCAGGGGUUCUUUUAACUAAUAGAAAACCCGGGAAAAUUAACAAAAUGUUGGAAAUUCAAUUUGGGUGUGACCAGUUUUGAAUGUAAAAAAAUUAUAUAUAUUUACAUGAAUUAUAUUAAAAUGUAUAUUGAUUUGAUUUAAUUUUAAUGGUGGCACUUUAACCAUGGUAUCAACUAUAUAAAGGCAGUGAAUUGUAGUCUAAAUAUAAAAAUGUGAUGAGUUUUAUAAAUUGAAAGAGAAUUCAAGCAAAAAUAUAUUUACACAUUAACUAUGGCAUGGGUUAAUUUGGGUGACCCCCUGUGUGGAAAUUUUUUUUGGUCCAAAAGGUUCCAAUUAUAAAAAUUGCCAGAAUUUCAAACAAUGACAAAUUUAACAAUGUAAGAGAUCUUACCUAUGCAGAGAUACAAGAACAAAUUACUUGUUAUAAUCUGAUAUUAUUGGGAGAGCUAAGAAUAAAUUUGUUUUGUUAAAGAUGCAUAAAUAUCAGCUUUAAUGCUAAGAAAAUUACUAACAAAUUUAAAAUAUUUAUUAUCAUUAUCAUUUCUAUCACAUUUAAAAGGCACACAGUGGAAACCAAUAUUUACCUUAACCUGGCCAAAAGUCCUAUUUUUAAAAUGCAAAAAGUCCUGCAUUUGAUUGAUGAUUAUUUAUUAUAGGAAUAUUUUGUUGUAGAUGAAUUUAAAAUUUGAGAUCAAUUAGUUGAUUAUCAAGUGAGAUAGAGAGGUUUGAUUAGAAAUGUUUUCUCUUUUAUAUUGAAAAAUUCCAAGUUUUCCAUUAUUUGUCCACUUUUUAAAGAAUAUUAGUAAAACUGCAUAAUUUUUACAUACCUAGGCAUAUUAUAGAUACUAGGCGUACUAUAGGUGUAGCUAGAACUAAAUAUUUGAGGUAACUAUAGCCUCUUUUUAGACAAAAUGGAAUUAAAACAAAAUUAUGAAGUGCAUAAGGUCAGUACACUAUUAUCAUCAAAUUAUACAUUUUUGCUAUAAAAUAACAUAAUAUGUACGAUAUGUUACAAUCACUGUUAUAUGGUACAUAACUACAUACCACUGUACAUGGUCACAAUAUACAAAAUAUUCAAUCUAUAGUAAGACACUCAUUAUCUUGGAAAGUUUUAACUUGUAUAGAAAUUUGUUUUAUAGGACAUUUAAGAAACAAGCUAACAAUGUUAUAUUUAUAUUUUUUUUAUCACCUUUAUUUUUUAAUUUAAAACCACUACCUAAUUUUGAUUUUUAAAUGAUAAAUUAUAAUGAAAAUGUCAUAAAAUAAAGUAAUAGUUAAAAUAAACAGUAUUACUGAAAUUUUUGAUUUCCGUCAAUUCAUUGAUGAGAUAUUCUACUUUAAAGUUUAGGUCAAGGGAUAGAAGUGGUGCAUUCUUAAAAUGCCAAGAGCCAAAAUGAUGCUCCACUACCCUCCCCUAAACAAAACUUUAAAGUGGAAUAUCUCAUCAAUAGAUUGACAGAAAUCAAAAAUUUUAACACCAAAAUGUAUUUCAACUAAUAGUAAAUCUAUUUAUGGACUUUUUAAUAUAGAUUGUCCCAAAAAUAAGGGUGACUAAAAAUAACAUAAACGUAAAAUUGUAGAGCUCGAUUUUAAUAUUUUCAGAAAUAAUGAGUGUCUUACGAUAGAUUGACCAUCCUGUACAUAAUAGGUAGAUAUAUUGAAAAGAUAUUAUCAUUCAUUAAUGGCACAGUAAAUGGCAGUAAUGGCACUAAGUCAUAAUUAAUAGAAAUAUCUACCUAUGUAUUAGACAAACAUUACAGUGUUUUAAAUAAUUUCCUUUCAAAUUAUUAACUAACUCAGAAUAAUUUUGAGGGCCUGUUAAAAUUUUUGGCAAACUUAGUCUCUCCAGUUUCCCUAUAUAUAUGCUUAUACUUAUAUCCUUGUCCAUAGUAACUAUUGUUGAUUUGGUUAACAAAAAGAUAAAUAUAUUAUCUGUAACAUUAGUAUUAUUAUCAAUCCUAAUUUAAAUAUGAGCAUUAAAUCCACAUUACUAGUCAGUAUUAAAAAGAAAAGUAAUAAUAUAAGUAUAUUGUGUAAGGUACUAUAGUUCAAAGUUAAAAAUACACUUGGAAACUGGGAACUUAACUUGCUUUUAGAGUAGGCUUUCCUAAAUUGUAAUUGAUUAAACUGUUUGCUUUUUAUAUUCCAAAAAAUUAUUUUCUUAAUUUCCUGAUUUGUAUGAUUUUUUAGAUUGGUAUUAACCUCAUUUCAAAAAAAAAAAAAAAACAUACUUAGAGCCAUUGUAGUAAUGAUAAUUUGAGAUAGGGGAAUUGAAAAUGAUGCAAGAAGUUCAGCGAAAAAAAGUAAAGGCGAUGCUUUGAAUGAGUCUUUUAAGGUACUUUGUGGCUACAAAUCUAUUAUUUCCAUUUGAAGCUCAACAGGUAUAUCUUCACAUCAAUAUUAAACGGAUUGGCGAGUAGUUGAAAAUACUGCGAAUGUCGUUUGAAAUCUUGAAAUCGAUUAUUAAAUUCUUGUUGAAGUAUCGAAAUAGCUUCAACAAAUUUAACUGUUAAUAAUGAAAAUUCUGACGAUCCAAAAAGUUUUU